AUGAAAUUUUGGCGCGGCGAGCAUCGAAGCAAGAAGCACCUGGCCGCGGACUGGGAUGCCGAGCGCCGCGACACGCCCUCCCGCGACACGACCAAGCAGGCCGCACCCACGCCCUUCUCAGCGCCGGCGCCGGCGGCAGUGCCCGCCAGAGCCAAGGAGGCGCAGCCGACGCCGCGCGCGGCAGCGGCUAGCGGGCCGCCAGCGGCAGCGCUCACUGGCGAUGUGCUAACGCAGGCAGGCGUUGAGGAGCGGGAGGCCGCCGCCGAGAGUGCGGCUCCGCACGACGUGGCACCCGAGGAGGUGCGGCUCAGCGGCGCUGAGCAGCUGUCACGGGCGCAGCUGCCCCCAGCGCCGGUGCACGCCGAGGCGGCGGGGCAGCUGGCAACCGAGGAGGCGAGCCAGGAGGAGCCGGCGGCCCAGCUCACGGCAGCCGGCCUGCCCUCGCCGGUGGCGCCGCCCAGCAGCAUGCAGCUGCCGCUGCGCGCGCCGCUGGAGCCGGCGGGUGCGGAGGACGAGGCCGAGGAGGCCGGGGGAUACGGGGCCGCGCAGCCUGCGGCCCCUGCGACGACUCCCACCAUGGCAAUGCCAGUAGACGCCCCGGUGCCCGCCCAGGCCCCCGCCGCGCCCCAGCCCAAGCCGGCAGCCAGGGGUGCCGCCUCGGCCGCGGCACAGGCGGUCAAGUCGCCCGCAGCCAGGGGGACCCCCGCCAGGACCCACGGCUCCAAGGCGCCCGCCACACCGCCGGCCCGGUCGCCGGCGGCCCGGGCCGCAGGGCCGCCCGCUGCCGCCCCCGGAGCCAGGGCCCCGCCGGCCGCGACGCCCACGCCGCCGCGCGCCGCCAAGUCGGCUUUCGGAAGGGCCGCUGCCGCCGCUACGACGCCGCCGCCCCAGGACGCCGCCGCCGCGGCGGGCGGCCCGCGGGGGCCUGCGCGCACGCCGCAGCGGGCAGAGGCGUGUGGCAAGAGCCCCAGCUUUGCGCGGCCCACGGCUGCGUCGCUGGCCAGGGCGCAGUCCGGAAAGCAGGCGUGA